ACCAGUUGUUUUGGUCCCCUCUCUGCCCAAUCCGAAGCGCUUCCUUCACACAUUCAACUGAAGCAAAAAAAAAAAAUGGAUCUCUCCAUGCAGCGACUCAAUCCUCCCGUAAGGACCACGGCGUCCUUCCACGGGGGCUCUGUGGCAUCCUCCUCCCAGUGCUGCUUGAGACAGCAGCACUGACAUGGAAACCCCCUUACAGCUGCAGCUCCAGCACUGUAAGUACCAGCACUACUGCGGGAGGGAGGAUCGGCACGACCGCAGCUGCGCCUGCAACAACUGCGCUUGCGAUGCAAGAAAAAGCCUCGUCUUCCGCGGGACGUCGCCGACCACUGUGGGAACUUUAUUAAGGACGCCCUCAGAAACGUCUUCAAAGCGAGGUGGCCAGUACAGCGUCAGCGGGUUGACACCCUCUAGUCAUGGUAGUUCAUCCAGACAUCACCGUCCUCUCCAUCAGCAGCAAAGCCUGGGCAACAACAGCCACAGAGACAGUUCCUACAAUGAAACAGCCAUGAGCAGCUGCAGAUACAACGGCGGCGUGAUGCGGCCGCUGAGCAACUUGAGCUCGUCCCGCAGAAACAUACACGAGUUUGAUUCCGAGUCCCAGCCUUUGCAGCCCAUUUCAGCCGCAGAUGCGUCGGACACUUUGGCAUCCAAGCAGGAUAAUAAUUCCACCACCCUGAUGCCUUAUGCAUCAGGAGACGGAGGAGGGGGAGGCUGCGGCCACAGCAGCGGCAAGUCGGGGAAAAAGAAGAACCAGAACAUUGGGGAAAAGCUGGGGCACAGGAGGGCCUUGUUUGAGAAAAGGAAGCGGCUCAGCGACUAUGCUUUAAUCUUUGGGAUGUUUGGGAUCGUUGUUAUGGUUAUAGAGACUGAACUCUCAUGGGGAGCCUACGGAAAGGAAUCCCUGUAUUCAUUAGCUCUAAAAUGCCUGAUAAGCCUUUCUACAAUCAUUCUCCUGGGGCUGAUUAUCAUAUACCAUGCAAGAGAAAUACAGUUGUUCAUGGUGGACAAUGCAGCUGAUGACUGGAGGAUAGCCAUGACCUACGAGCGCAUCUUCUUCAUCUGCCUGGAGAUUCUGGUGUGCGCCAUACACCCCAUCCCAGGGAACUACACCUUCACCUGGACGGCACGCCUGGCCUACUCCUACGUCCCAUCCAAGACAGAUGCAGAUGUGGACAUCAUCCUGUCCAUCCCCAUGUUCCUGCGGCUGUACCUCAUCGCCCGCGUCAUGCUGCUGCACAGCAAGCUCUUCACCGACGCAUCGUCCCGUAGUAUUGGUGCACUCAACAAGAUCAACUUCAACACACGCUUCGUGAUGAAGACCCUCAUGACCAUCUGUCCUGGCACUGUGCUGCUGGUCUUCACCAUCUCGCUAUGGAUCAUUGCUGCAUGGACAGUGAGAGCUUGCGAGAGGUACCAUGACAACCAGGACAUAACCAGCAACUUUCUUGGAGCCAUGUGGUUGAUCUCAAUCACGUUUCUAACCAUUGGAUAUGGGGAUAUGGUCCCACAUACAUAUUGUGGAAAAGGAGUGUGCCUCCUGACUGGCAUUAUGGGUGCUGGCUGCACGGCCUUGGUGGUGGCUGUGGUGGCGAAGAAAUUGGAGUUAACCAAAGCUGAAAAACAUGUCCACAAUUUCAUGAUGGACACCCAGCUAACAAAAAGAGUAAAAAACACAGCUGCGAAUGUUCUCAGGGAGACGUGGCUCAUCUACAAGAACACCAAACUGGUGAGGAAGAUGGACCAUGCCAGAGUCAGGAAGCACCAGAGAAAAUUUCUCCAAGCCAUUCACCAGGCUCAGGCGUUCAUUUACUGGGUUCUGAAUGGUCUUCUGUUCAGAUUGAGAAGUGUUAAAAUGGAGCAACGCAAGCUGAAUGACCAAGCAAACUCCCUAGUGGACCUUGCUAAGACUCAAAACGUCAUGUAUGACAUGGUAUCGGACUUAAACGAGAGAGGCGAGGACAUGGAGAAGAGGAUCGCCCUGCUGGAGACAAAGCUAGAGACUCUACUGAGCAACUUGCAAGCUCUGCCUGGACUCAUCAGCCAGGUCAUCAGCCAGCAGCACAGGGACUUCCUGGAGGUUCAGCUCCAGCCUUACGACAAACACAGUCCUGAGCGCUCACAGUCAGUGUCACGAAGGAGGUCGUCCUCCACAGCACCACCCACCUCCUCAGAGAGCAGCUAGAGUCUAAGGGGAACGCCUCCGCUGAAGACUUUUGCCAUCAUAUGGCCAAGUUGCAUUUAUCGUAAAGCCUUAUGGUUUCAAUAAGUAUUAUCCAAAUUCUGAUGACAGAAUCUGAGUUACAGGGGACAAUGCAUUUUAAUGGAUAACUUCAUGCUGUUAUUGUUUUUUAUUACCUCAAAAGAUGUUGUUAUCCUUUCUCUGGUGACAUGACCACAAAUAAUGGCGCUUCCCUAUCCCUGAAGUUUAUCAACGGGGCUGUGAUAUGAACUCUUCUCCAUCUCUAUGCAGAGGUAGCCAGUUCUAGGUGUCAAGGUUACCAGGUUUGAAACUACUGCACUAAAAUAGUGCUUCUCACAGACUUUAUGCUUCUGCUGGCUUGAUUUAGUUGCCGUGUUCCUUAAAGCAAACUGAGAAACCACUGAGGAAUCCGUCAGGGAACAUGUCAGUGAUAUUGAGGAAAUCGCUGCAUUUGAUGGCCUGGAGUGGAGUGACAGCAGAAGGGAGAUGAAAACCGCUCCGACACACUGUCACUCUGAGAUACCUUAAAAAUCUUGGAAUGUGGGAAAAAAUAAAAAUAAAAAAUAUGUAUCUUUUAGGUUAGAGACAGCAUCAACUAUAGCGGUUUUAUUUUGCCCCUGAAGAAUGACUAUUUUUGGGGUGACAUUGCAAAUAAUUUAAUCCUCCAGUCAAAAUGAAUGCAUCAGAAUCUGUACUUGCACUUACUUUUUAAUCAAUGCACUUCAAUGCUGACUGACAUAUGAUAUAAAGAUAUGUUACUCAUUAAAAGAAGAAACUGUAAGAUGUUUGGGCAUGGAUUUAUUAUUGUCAAUUGUCAAGUGGUUAGUGUUGAUGAGUCAAGUCAAAGCCCUUUUAUUUAUUAAUUAAUUUAUUUAUUCAUUUUCUUCCUCACAAAGAGCAUUCACAUUGGCCUGCAGGGGUCUACAGAAGUGCACUGAGUGAUCAUAAAUUCAGCAAUUACCCCCAUGUCUUGCUGUGUCUCACCUCCCAUCCCUAUUGUCUGUGCUAUUUAUGCUUGCUGUCAUCUCAACUGGGAUACAACAAAUGCUGAACUGUAAACCAUAUCUACCUUUUGAAAAUGAGAGGAAAAUGCCUAUUUUUAUAUAUUUUCAUGAGGACAAGCACACCUCUUACAAGUAAACAACUGACCGCAAAGGACCAUGAAGAGGUAGAUUCAGCAUAUCAGCAUAUAUUUUAUUUAAGAUAUCCUGGACUGGAGUUAAGAUAUAUAAAGUUGUCUUUAAGGUUAUUUCUGAGUAUAUUAAAUGAUUUGAACAUUCUAAGCAUCAAUGUGAA